UGUUGGGCCUCUAAACCCGAUGUAACGUAAGCGGAAAGGCAGUGUUGGAUCAUUCGUGGUGGGGGGAGGAGUGUCGCUGUGGUGCCGGCAAGAAUUUGGCCCGUCGCUGGUAUACUGUAAAGCCACAUAUUUGGCCCGUCGCUGCUACCGGGUUAAAGACUGACAGUGAAACGGUGACAAUACUUUACCAGGGAGCUUACUUGUCGCGGCCCCACCAGAGAACUCAGGAGAACCCUCAACAAAUACUCGCCCAUAGAUGAAGACAGUGGCUUUGAAAGAAGUGUAAACGGCGGCAGACUGGCAGUACUCUCAACGGGGCCCACUCGCUGCCACCUCAUCACAGACACGGAAAAGUUCUGAUUGGACUCCGUUAAACCCAAGUUCGCAAUGGACGCCGACGACAAUAGCAUCAGUGACUCCUUCUCCGGCAGCGCUCUGGGCCGCGUGAGUCGCAGGAGCAGCCAGUGUAGCAGGAUGAGCCGCCGGGCCAGCAGCGCCAGUAACAGCAGCAGCAACAUCAACAUAGACGACCUCUCCUUGCUGUCCGAGUCGUUCCCUGCGCGGUUGUGGCACCGAUGGAUGGGGCUUCCGAUGCCUCUGGGGAAGAUGUCCGAAUACGGCUUCGAAGAGGACGACAGCGGCGGGCUUGGCGGGCACCAGACGGACGCCGGCCAGAACUACAUCACAGUCAUCCCGGUGGAGUACCCGACGCGGAGGACCUACGGGGACUACGAUGCCUUCCCCCGCUCCGCCACCAUAGCCAGGCGUCCGCGAGGGGAGACUGAUGCCUUCCCCAGGUCAGCCACAAUCUCCAGGGAGUUUCUGCGGGAGCGGGCGGCGGCGGACUUCCUCCGGUCUGACUACAACAAGGGCAGCGCCGACCACCUGGACAAGGCAGCAGGCUUCUACCCCAGCAUUCCGCCCCCUGCCUUCGACGUCCCCCCGCUCACCCUCGACCCUGACACCCGCCGCCCCUCCUCCACCUCACACAUGCUCUCCCAGACCACCACCUCCGCGCCGCCCCCCUCCAACAACACCCUCCCCUCACACAACACCCUCCCCCCCGGCCACACCCACAGCCAGCUACCCCCCACGUCCACCACCAGCACCAUGGUCGGGGGCGUCGUCAACCACCCCAACGUGACACAGCAGAGCCAGCCACACCAGCCACACCAAGACGAGUAUGACAAACACCACGCCAAGGUCGACCAUGAGAGGAAGGCGAACAAGGCUCUACCAGCUCACCACCACUACUAUGCAGGGACUCACACGGGGCGGGUCAGCUGUACGGUGGAGGUGUGUGUGUUUCUUCACUCUCGCGUGGCGGUGAGACUGCGGCUGGAGGACGGCGCCAGGAUCACGGCCCAGGAGCUGCAGGCCAUGGUGAUUGAGGAGGAGGACGUGGCGCUACCCAAGCAGGCCAUGGAGGUGUUUGCACUCUGGCUGGUCUCCCCAGUGCUAGAGAUCCAGCUGAAGCCUCACCAACGAGCCCUGGAGGUGAGGCGCCACUGGGGGGAGCUGCUCAAGAGGUUCACCCAAGUGCCCGUCAAGCCCCAAGACGCCCGCUACGCCUACGAGCCCAAGAUGGUGCUGAGGAGGAACGUCUUCUUCAGUAAGCGGGACGAAGUCAAGAUCAGAGACGCCAAGAUCCUGGAGUUGCUGUACGAGGAGGCUCAGUGGAACAUGCGCUCGGCCCGCUACCCGUGUGAGCUCUCCGACUACGAGAUGCUGGCGGGGAUUCAGAGUCGCCUUGAGCUGGGGCCCUACGACCACACCACACACACGCCCUCCUUCUUCAGGCGGCGGCUGCUCGACUACCUCCCCGAGCACGCGUGUCGCCUCAAGUUGAGUGACCUGGUCAGCUUCAGCAGCAAGUCCACGCCCGAGAUCCGCAUCAUCGAGCAGUUCCGCUCCAUCCCCAGUAACGUGACGGCGCGCAAGCUCGUCAGGAAGUACCUCGAGUUCUCCUGGUCGCUGCCUUACUACGGGAGCGCCUUCUUCCACGGCCAGAUCGAGCAGGCGUCGCGCGGGAUGGGCUCCUGGCUGCCACGCCCCGACAUUCCGGUCCUCGUCACCAUCAACGCCACGGGAGUCAGCGUCAUCGACCCUAAGAAAUCGACGGUGCUGCUGAGCCUCCGCUACGACGAACUCUCUUGGGACUUCGCGCGGCCGAGCAAUGAGCGCAUAGCCACCUGCCUGCCCUGCCUCUUCCUGCAGUUCGCGGUGGUCGAGAACGGCAGGCGCUACUCCAAGCUGCUCCAGAUCUUCUCCAAGCAAGCGGUGAUGAUGGACGCACUCAUCAGCACCUUCGUGGACGAGCUCAAGCGACGCGCCGCCCAGUACCCCGACGACCUGGAGGGCCACAUGCUGGACCACGGCACCGAAGUGGACGACGUGCUGGUGCCGCUGUCGACUGUGUCCCGCAAGGAGGUGCCGGAGUCUGUCCUCUGCAACAAGCUGCACCGCCUCUCCCUCGCGACCUUCUCCGAGGACGGUCGCU